CGAGUGCCAGGAAGUAAGGGUCGACACUGGCACUUCGGCCAUGGCCGCCUGGUGCCGUGUCUUGGCUGGUGUAGUGGUGGUGGUCAGUGUGGCACCACAACCCCUUCCUCCACCCUUCCCCGCUCCCACAGGGGAGGCACAGGCACCUGGGCACUCCAGUGCCACAGGGGAGGCACAGGCACCUGGGCACUCCAGUGCCACAGGGGAGGCACAGGCACCUGGGCACUCCAGUGCCACAGGGGAGGCACAGGCACCUGAGCACUCCAGUGCCACAGGGGAGGCACAGGCACCUGGGCACUCCAGUGCCACAGGGGAGGCACAGGCACCUGGGCACUCCAGUGCCACAGGGGAGGCACAGGCACCUGGGCACUCCAGUGCCACAGGGGAGGCACAGGCACCUGGGCACUCCAGUGCCACAGGGGAGGCACAGGCACCUGGGCACUCCAGUGCCACAGGGGAGGCACUACCAUCAACCUUCCCCAGUGUGAUGUGGAGGCGGGUGGGGAGGCGGCCGUCGGUGGAGGUGGAGGCGAGGCAGCUGCUAGCGGAGGUGGUGGAGCGGGAGAUGACUGGAUGCUCCCUAAUGCUGCUCUUCGACUCCCAUCCUGGCCUCUCCCCCCUGCCGCAGCCUCUGCAGCAGCACGCCCUCGGGGUCUCCCUCGUCCACGUGCCCUCACUGGCCCCCGAGGUCGUCUUCCAGCUCAAGGGCGCCCCUCGGAGCAGCGAGUCGCGGGUGUGUGGUGGCGUGGUGGUGGUGGCUUCAGCCGGGGACGAGGCGUGGCCGUGGCUGGUUGCUGGAGGCGUGGGGGCGUGGGCUGGACACGCCCACACCUUCCUGCUAAUCAUGCCCCGCGAGGGUGAAGAACGAGACGCCCUUGACCUAACCUCCUCCAUCCUUCUUCAUCCGGACUUCAGGUUCGAGGCCCAGGUGGUGGCCGCCACCAGGGACACGGACGGCUCCUGGUCCGUGUACACCACCACACUCUUCUCCGGCGACGCCAGAAUUUCCUUGGCGCGUGUGGGCACUUGGAGUCCCUCUUCGGGCUUCUGGCAGGACGUGAGACUCUUCCCUGAGGACAAGAUGGCGGACCUGCGUGGCUACACCUUCUCCGUGGCCGCCCUCACCUACUCCCCCUUCAUCAUGAACGCUGAUCUCUCCCUCAGCGGCCCGGGCAAGUACCGGGGACUGGAGGUACGGCUGCUGGACGUGCUGGCUGCCACGGCCAACUUCACGUACCGGUACGUGGCGCCUGAGGACAGCCAGUGGGGCAGGAGAGACCACAACGGCACCUGGACUGGCAUGAUUGGUAUGGUGAUACACGAGCAAGCCGACUGGGCCGUCAGUGACAUUACGUUCUCAGCCCAACGUGAGCUGUACGUGGACUUCUGCCAGCCCUUCGUCUACGACGCCUCCGAGCUGGUCACCCCGAGGGCCAAGCCCUUGCCGCGGUGGCUAGGUCCAGUCAGACCGUUCACAUGGCAGGUGUGGCUGGGGGUAGGUGUGGCUGUGGGUGUGGCUGCACCCUUCCUGUGUGCUGUGGCUCGCCUCUCUGCCCUCCUCACUAAUACACACGGAGCCACCUGGUUCAAGAAGAUUAAAAACGCUGCCAUGUUUGUGGUCGAGCCUGUGUUUCAGCGAGGCACGAAGCGAGGCAUGAAGGUGGUGCCAGGCAGGGUGUUCUCCGGGUUCUGGCUCAUCUUCUGCAUGAUCAUCGGCAUCUCCUACUCCUCCUCCCUCACCUCCUUCCUCAUCACUCCAGGCCUCCAGAGGCCCAUACAGAACCUCCACCAGCUCGUCACCUCCGAUAUUGGCUGGGCUAAGGUGUUCUUCGGCGGCAUUCAGAACGACCUACUGGAGGAGACGCACGACCCGGUGCUGAUCGCCCUGCGUCAAGGAGUGCAGUGGCGCGACUCUCUGGAGGAGAUCCUCCAUGAGGUGGUCAAGGGCAAGCUGGCCACUUGGGACAACAGCAUCACCACCCGGCUACUCAUCGCCAUCAAGUACACAGACUCCAAGGGCCAGCCCCUCGUCCACCUGCCAGGCUUCGAGCUCCUCCAGGAGAGAAUAGCCUGGCCCAUGCAACAGUAUGCUCCUUAUAAGCCAAGGUUUGACGAGCUGAUCAGCCGGGUUGUGGAGGGUGGCUUCGUGCAGGAAUGGCUCAAGAGCAUCAUCUUCGAAGAGCAGGCGCUGAGGCGGCAGGCGCUGAGGCGGCAGGCGCGCGGAGGCAGCGGUGAAGGGGAGGAGGAGGCGAGGGGCGAGAAGGAUCAGGUGGUGCUCAACCUGGAGCAUUUCGAAGGUCCCUUCUACGUGCUGCUGCUGGGCUGUCUGGCUGGCGGCGGCGUGCUGCUCCUCGAACUCCUCGCCAGCUUAGUGAAGAACUCGCCAGCUUAGUGAAGAACUCCUCGCCAGCUUAGUGAAGAACUCCUCGCCAGCUUAGUGAAGAACUCCUCGCCAGCUUAGUGAAGAACUCCUCGCCAGCUUAGUGAAGAACUCCUCGCCAGCUUAGUGAAGAACUCCUCGCCAGCUUAGUGAAGUGACACUAAAUUAAUGCAACUAGGCACCCCUCAAGGAGGCGUACUAUGUCCUACCUUGUUUAAUGUUCUAAUUAAUACCUUACUAAAAUCAGUCCCAACUGGUCCGGCAAACAUCACUAUCAGUUAUGCAGACGACAUCCUUUUGCAUACAGCGAAAUGCAGUCUUAAAUUGUAUACAUACAGCUUGUGAGAGCCUUGGUCUUGUAAUCAACGCUGCUUAUACUAAGGUAUUUAACAGACAAAUUGGCAACCGCAAAAGUGGACCACGAAAACUUAAGAUAGAUA